AGCUGUCUUGUGACGAUAUUGAAUGUGACGACGAUGAAAUCUGCGUAUUGCAAGAAGUGGAUUGCUUCUUAUCAUCGUGCCCACCUGUUCCAACCUGCAUGCCAGGUCGUGCUGAUGCCGCACCACCACUGAAAGCAUGCCAAAUCCAUGAGGCAAACGCAGACAUGCUAGGUGGCAUAAUUGGCAAUUAUCGGCCCCAGUGCACACCAGAAGGAGAGUUUGCGGAGAUCCAGUUCCAUGGCUCUUCAGGCUAUUCAUGGUGUGUUGCACCUGAUGGAACAGAGUUGCCUGGAACUAAGAGACCCCCUGGUCGCGGGACACCAAACUGUCUAGAAGUGUUUGAGUGUGACCUGCUAGAAUGUGAUGACGACUGUGAGCAUGGCUACAGUACUGAUGAUGACGGAUGUCCCACCUGCAGUUGCAACUCAAGCCCAUGCGAUGGUGUCAGAUGUCCACCAGACAGCGGAUCGUGCCAACUGAGGGAUGUGGAAUGUGGAUUGGAGUCUUGCCCCAAGCUUGCUGUGUGCACUCAUCCAACCUGUGAGGAUGUUGAGUGUGAUGAUGGUAAGGUGUGUGAAAUGCGCCAAGUGCAGUGUGUCCGACAUCCGUGCCCACCUCUCCCAUCCUGCGAGCUAGCUCGGGUUGGUGUUCCAAUACUACGACUAGAGCGUAUUCCAGAGAGUAUCUGCAUCUGCAGUCAGGAGUACAACCCACAGUGUGGUACAGAUGGUGUAACAUAUGGCAACCCAUGUGAGAUGAACUGUGCCAGGAAGCGUUUAGAUUACCCCGGUGAAUGUGGAAGUAGAUCUUCCGGUUCUCUUGAUACAAGAGAAAGGGGGAAGCCUCUUGACAUCUGCCCGUCGUUCGUCAGCUGCCAGAUUUCGUGUGCAAAUGGGUACAAACAGGAUGAAAGAGGCUGCAUUCUCUGUGAAUGCAAAGUUGCUCUGCAGAGCGAGGUUUGCAGGCAGCCCUACCAGCCGAGUGACCCGACUCAGCUGAUCUCGUGUCUGGCCGCCUUCCGUCGCUGGUUCUACAACAGCACCUCCAAUCAGUGUGAGCGAUUCAUAUACUCUGGCUGCGGCGGCAACGACAACAACUUCAUGCAGUACGAGGACUGCAGGAAGGAGUGCCACAGUAGGGCACCAGAUGCGUGCGAACAGCCAAGACAGGAAGGUAACUGCAAUGGCUUCGACCAGAGAUGGUAUUUUAAUGCUGAGACCAGAGCAUGUGAGACUUUCUUCUACACUGGAUGCGGUGGCAAUGACAACCACUUUGAUUCAUAUGUUGACUGCUUCUUGCAUUGUCCAGCCGAUGAUCCGAGCAAAGUUGGAACGUGUCCGGAUCUAAGCAAUGCGUAUACAACUUCAUGCCCACCAGCCUGCAAUAGUGAUGGUUAUUGCAAGGGUAUAGAGAAGUGCUGUGAUGCAGGGCCCUGCGGCAGCGUUUGUGUGGAGCCUAAUGAUGUGACAGAAUGUCAAGUGGAGAGAGCAAACAGUGCACUGUCGAUGUCGUCCUAUCAGGAUCCACCCAGACCGAUGCCUCUGGAGAGCGGCUCCCCCAUCUGCGAUGAGGAAGGCAACUAUGUGCGUUUCAAGUGUAAUGUAGGUAAUUGCUACUGCCUGGAUGAACAUGGCCUCAGCUUGACGCAGGAAAACACUGUAGAUCAGCAGCCAGAUUGCAUUGGAUAUAGCUUCUUCUGCCCACCGGCUUCAUGUGAGGGGCUUGAUUCCUGUCAGUAUGGUCAUUUUUACACGGUUGAUGGCGAUACAGAUUGUCCUCAAUGUGCUUGUGCUGCGGACCCUUGUAAUCAAUCCCCAUGUAAAAUUGAUCAAACGUGCUCAAGCAAAGCUGUCAAUUGCAAGGAAGGACAUUUCUGCCAGCACCUAGCCAUAUGCACUGAUGACAGUGUGCCGGAGCCAGCUUUGGAUGCUCUAGUUUGCCCAAGUUUCGAUAAUCUGUGGUUCUGUCCAAGUCACUUGACAACAGAAGUCUGUCAGUUGCAAUCUGACUGUGUUAGUCCUAAGCAAUGCUGUGACGUAUCCUCAUGUCGCCAACAUGCGUGUGUCGACCCAAGCAGGAAGUCCAGUAAAAAACCCUUUGAUCCGUGUAGGUACGGUAACCCACUUGUGAAAGUCAAUGACCCCACAGAGAGUGUGAGCUGCUGGGCCUCCAAUCCUUGCCCACCUCCGUAUGAGUGCAACACCGAGGUAGCAGACGCUCCGUCCGUCUGCUGUCCUCGUGCACCGCAGCCGGGUGACAAGCGACCUAGCCUGUGUGCGAUGCCCAGAGAUUCAGGACCCUGCAGCGCCGCCAUACGCAAGUGGUUCUUCAACUCGGAAACGGAAAAAUGCGAGCAGUACCUGUAUGGAGGUUGCCAGGGCAACGAAAACAGAUUCGACGAUAAAUCUGAUUGCGACCAAGUAUGCUUUAAGGAAAUGCAUUUAAUACUACCAGGACCGCUAAGAGGUAGAAAAGAGCUGGAUGUAGCGAGGCAGGAUCCUCGAGGCAGGCCAGGCCCCCGGCCUUGUAUCUGCACGGCGGAUUACACCCCUGUGUGUGGCGACGAUGGAAAAACCUACAGUAACCAAUGUGCAUUGAACUGUGACAAAGACCAAGGAAAGCCAAAUCUGAAAGUAGCCCAUCCUGGAGCCUGCCAAGAAUCCUUAUGCAUCUGCACCCAAGAGUACAACCCACAGUGUGGUACCGGUGGUAAAACGUAUGGUAAUCCAUGUGAGAUGAACUGUGCCAAGGCGACUCUAGAUUAUUCUGGGGAGUGUCGAAGCAGAGCUGAGCCAUUUAACCCAUGCCGAGUUGGAGACCCGAUCCCAGAUCCCCGCUCAUUGUUGGAUCUAGGACUUGACUCGUCUCGCGCAACAUCAUGUCCUCGUGGAUACUCCUGCAAUACAGACAUUGCAGACAGAGCAGCAGUAUGCUGUCCCUCUCUCUCACCUCUACCAAUACCAGACAGACCCUGCGUGUGCACCCGAGAGUACAACCCACAGUGCGGUACUGAUGGUGUAUCAUAUGGCAAUCCGUGUGAGUUGAACUGUGCCAAGCGGAGUAACCAAGAUUUGACCGUAGAUUACCCUGCCCGUGUGGAAGAAGAGGCCGAGCCGUUUAACCCAUGCCGUGUUGGAGAACCGAUCCCAGACCCCAGCUCAUCUGUUGGAUCUAGGACUUGCUCAUCUCGCACCCCAUGUCCUCGUGGAUACUCCUGCAAUACGGAAAUUGCAGACAGAGCAGCAGUAUGCUGUCCUGCUCCCGUGAUCGAGCCUCCAGUACAGCCGGGGCAGUCCGACGCUGCCUGUACCUGCAAUACAGACAUUGCAGACAGGAGC